AUGCUGGCAUUAGUUUUAACGGCAGAUUUGGAAGGCGUGACCGACCUUGUGCCUUCGGACACAGCUGAAUCACCUUACUAUUACACAUUCAAAGUCCAGUGUACAUCCUGUCGAGAGAUCCAUCCCAAUUGGGUGGGGGUCAGCCGUCAUGAGAUGAACGAACAAUCCGGAAGUCGAGGAGAAGCAAACUUUGUCUGGAAAUGCAAGAACUGCAAGCGAGAAUCAAGCGCCUCCAUCAAGGCAGCUCCAGCAAAGUAUGAGCAAAAUUCUCCUGCGAAACCAAAGAAUAUCAUAGACAUCGACUGUCGGGGUCUGGAAUUCACGGAUUUCAAGCCAGAUGGAGAAUGGGAGGCCACCGGAAUCGAGUCAGGGACGAAAUUCACGGGGAUCGACUUGUCGGAAGGAGAGUGGUUUGAUUACGAUGAGAAAGCUGGCGAGGAACUCUCCCAACAUAACUCAACGUUCAAAUUCACUCCCAUAAACCCGCGACCUCUGCUUCAGAGCUUGAUCAACGACGAAGUGAUCAUCCGUUUAAAAUGGGGUCAAACAGAAUACAAAGGCCGGCUCAUUAGUGUCGACUCAUACAUGAACAUCCAGCUCUCGAACACAGAAGAGUAUAUUGACAGGAAGCACACCGGUACUUUGGGACAGGUGCUUAUCAGAUGCAAUAAUGUUCUGUGGAUAUCUGCAGCCAAAGGAGUCGAAAUGAAUGGCGAAGGACCCGACACGAAGAUGGAGGACUAG